CCUCCGCCACCGCGAGAAGGAAAACAUUAGACUCUGAUCUCCAGCAAGCUGCAGUCAAUGAGCUGCCAGUGGUUCCCAGUUUACCGUUCAUCUGAUCCUAGAAGUAUUCUAGUUCCUCGGAGCCCGGUGCCCCUGUAGAGCGGACACACUGACCUCAGAUCUCACGGAGCCCGGAGCCACUAUAGAGAGGGACCCCAGAGCCCCCGUAAAGUGGACCCCCAGACCGUGGAUCUAUUUAUCAUCCCGUCAUGAAUGAAGUGGAGGGGCUGAGGCUCCGCAGGCUGAACCGACCCCAGGUCAUCACGGACGAUCUGCACAUGCCCCAGAGCAAGGGCUCCAGUAGCUACAGUGGGAAGGUGUUCCGGGUGGUGCUGGUGUCCCUGGCGGUGUUCCUGUUGUUCCCGCUCCUGGUGGUGUGUCUGAUCCUCGAGUCUCCGAUCCAACCCGACGUCCUCAGGCUGAGCGAGCCCCCGGUGAUGAGCGGAUGCUAUGAGCCCAACCUGGAGCUCAGGGACGCCCAGAGGCUGUUCGAGGACCAGAUCCAAGGCCCCGAGUCCAUCGUCAACAUCGGCGACGUCCUCUACACCGGCACCGCCGACGGCAAGAUCCUGAAGCUGGUGGGCCGGAGGUCGUACCUGGUGGCCCGGCUGGGACAGCCCCCCUGCGGCACCACGGAGGCGGAGCCUGUGUGUGGCCGGCCCCUGGGCAUGAGAGUCGGCCCCAAUGGGACGCUGUUCGUGGCCGACGCCUACCUGGGAGUGUUUGAGGUCAACCCCACCACAGGGGAGGUGACCCGGCUGGUGUCGGGGGGCCAGGUGGUGGCGGGCAGGAAGCUGUCGUUCAUCAACGACCUGGACGUGACGGCCGACGGCAGGAAGGUGUACUUCACCGACUCCAGCAGCAGGUGGCAGCGCAGAGACUACCUGCUGCUCAUCAUGGAGGCCACCGCCGACGGCCGCGUGCUGGAGUACGACAUGGACAGCAGGGAGGUUACCGUGGUGAUGGAGAACCUCCGCUUCCCCAACGGCAUCCAGCUUCUCCCCGACGAGGAGUCGGUCCUCGUGGCCGAGACCACCAUGGCCCGGAUACGCAGGGUCCAUGUGUCGGGUCUGAACAAGGGCGGGAUGGACAUGUUUGUGGAGAACCUGCCCGGUUUCCCUGACAACAUCCGGCCCAGCUCCACAGGGGGGUACUGGGUCGCCAUGGCCACCAUCCGCCCCAACCCCGGCUUCUCCAUGAUGGACUUCCUGGCCCAGAGACCGUGGGUCAAGAAGCUGGUCUUCAAGGUCUUCAGCCGGGAGGUGCUGAUGAAGAUGGCUCCGCCCUACAGCCUGGUGGUGGAGCUGCAUGAGGGUGGGGUUUGCACCCGCAGCCUCCACGACCCCCAGGGGCUGGUGGCGGCCUACGUCAGCGAGGCCCACGAGCACGACGGCUACCUGUACCUGGGCUCCUUCCGCUCGCCCUACAUCAGCCGGCUGCAGCUCCGCAGGGCCUGAGGCUGAGGGGGAGGGGGGAUAGGGUGGAGCUGGAGGCGAGGGGAUGAUUAGGAGGGGGGAGGGGG